AUGGCCAACCGGAACGCCCAGCUGGGGGAGGAUCCCUGGGACCGCAGCCUCUCCGGCCGACUGCCGCCCGCCUCGUCGACGCGCUUCCGGUGGCGCGACCCGCCGCCGCGAGACGUCCGCCGCGAUGUCGGGCCGAUGGGCGUGCUGCCGCUCGAGCUGAUCCACGCGAUCCUGCAGCAGCUCGACCUGGACAGCCUGCGGCGGCUGGAGCGCGUCAGCUGGGGCAUGCGCCGCGCCGUGACCGGGCUUCCGCAGCUACGGGCCGUUGCGGAGUGCGCGCGGGAUACCCUCCGCGCGAUCUGGGCGGCGGACGUCGGGCGCCUCAUCAUCUGCAGCAAGCUGUACGCGCAGCUGUGCCGGCCGACGUGCUUCCACUGCAGCUUCCGCCCGGGCGAGUACCUGUACCUGCUGGCCUGCCACCGCGUGUGCAGGAUGUGCCUGCUGGGGAAGAUGCGGUACCGACCGCUGAGGCCCGCGGAGGCGGCCAAGGAGUUCGGGAUGACCGCGUCCGAGGUCACUCGGCUGCCGCGGCUGCGCGUGCCCAAGUACUCGCGGAAGGCGCGGGGGAUCCGGGCGGGCGCGUGGGCGCGAAGGCCCGUACCCAAGCAGCGCAACACGACCGGCUGGCACCUCGUCGACCGCGAGGCGGCCCUGCGCCACAGCCUCCGCGUGCGGCGCGCGAUGAGCGGGAUAUCAGAGGUCGCCGAGUGGAACGUCCAGCGCCAGGUGCAAGUCAGGGAGCUGCGGGCGAGGCCGGUGCCGGCCAGCGAGAUGCCGUCAUCGUCGGCGCCGCCACCGCUAAAAUCGGAGUACGCGUACUCGGUAUCGGCUCUGUUCCCUUGGCUGGACCGCAGCACGCAAAAUGUUGGCCGCGCGGUGCUGUGCCGGGCGUGCCGGUUCGGCGGUGCGCCGCGUGCGCAGUGGUAUCACUGCAUGACGGCACAGGGCAGAAGGGACCAUGUUGCUCGCCACGGGCGCAUUGUGGAUGGCGAGCAUGUAGGGACUGCUGUCAAUCGGGGAAAGGCGUGA